AUGCCUGAGGAUACAGUUUCACAACCACAGGCUGUACAUAGCCAGCUGGAGAAGCCAUCAAGUACUGCAAUUCUCUGCAAUACCUGUGGAAAACCAUGCAAAGGAGAAGUUUUGAGAGUUCAGAGCAAAUAUUUCCAUAUUAAAUGCUUUGUUUGCAAAGCUUGUGGAUGUGACCUGGCUCAAGGAGGAUUUUUUGUGAGACAGGGGGACUACAUCUGUACUUUGGACUACCAGAGACUCUAUGGCACGCGAUGCUUCAGUUGUGAUGAAUUCAUUGAGGGAGAAGUGGUCUCAGCACUGGGCAAAACCUAUCACCCAGACUGUUUUGUGUGUGCUGUUUGCAGGUUGCCUUUCCCUGCAGGUGACCGGGUAACUUUUAAUGGGAAGGAAUGCAUCUGCCAGAAAUGUUCCCUGCCCCCUUCCAGCAGCACUGGCUCCUUCCCUGUACAGAACCUGCGGAACUGUGGGGGUUGUGGUUCAGAAAUAAAAAAUGGUCAGUCCUUGGUCGCCUUGGACAAACACUGGCAUUUGGGCUGUUUUAAGUGCAAUACCUGUGGCAAGCUACUGAAUGCAGAGUAUAUCAGCAAGGAUGGGGUUCCGUACUGCGAAACAGACUAUCACGCCAAGUUUGGUAUCAGGUGUGACAAUUGUGAAAAGUACAUCACAGGAAGAGUGCUCGAGGCAGGAGAAAAGCAUUAUCACCCAACCUGUGCACGAUGUGUCAGGUGCAAUCAGAUGUUUGCAGAAGGAGAAGAAAUGUAUCUUCAAGGAACUUCCAUUUGGCAUCCAGUUUGUAGACAGGCUGCAAAGGCUGAAGAAAAAAACAAGGAAACUCGGACUUCCUCUGAGAGUAUUAUUUCUGUACCUGCUUCAAGUACAUCAGGUUCCCCAAGCCGUGUGAUCUAUGCAAAGCUUGGAGAUGAAAUUCUUGACUACAGGGACUUGGCUGCUCUUCCUAAAAAUAAAGCCAUCUAUAACAUUGACCGCCCAGAUAUGAUCUCCUAUUCUCCAUAUAUCAGUUACUCUUCAGAUGACAGGCAUAGUUAUGGGGAGUCACCUCAGUUGCUCUCUCCAACACCUACUGAGGGUGACCAGGAUGACAGAUCUUUCAAGCAGUACAGGACAUCAAGUCCUAGCUCUGCUGGCUCCCUGGGCUAUGGUCGGUACACCCCCACAUCCCAUUCUCCUCAGCAUUACAGCAGACCAGCUGGUACUCACAGUCUUGGUACCAGUAGCUGCAUCUCCCUGCCCCAACACCCAAGCCUUACAUCUACAUUCAGACAUCAUUACAUCCCUUUCUUCAAAGGCAGUGAAAGUGGUCGGAGCACUCCAAGCUUAUCCAUGUACUCUGACAGCAAAUCUUCACCUUCUGUCUAUCAGCAGGCUCCUAGGCAUUUCCAUAUUCCAGACACUGGCAUAAAAGAUAACAUCUAUAGGAAACCUCCUAUCUACAAACAGCAUGCAGCAAGAAGAUCAGAAGGGGAGGAUGGAAGCUUGGAUCAGGACAGUAAAAAGCUGAAGAGCAGUUGGCUGAUUCUGAAAGGGGAUGUGGAGACCAGAACCAGCUCCCCGGACGCGGAGACGCGGUCGCUGUCCCUCGCUGCAGGCAGUGAGCGGGCGCAGGAGGGCACGGCCAGCGGCUGCUCCCGAUUUCCAUAUUCUAAGUCUGCUUCUCUACCUGGCUAUGGAAAGAAUGGCUUACAUCAGCCUGAAACUAUGGGCCAAUAUGAAACGGACCAGGAGGCAAGCUGGGGGAUGAAAGAAUACAAGGUAAGAAGGGCUUUUCCAACACUGGAAGAACAACCAGAUUCAGCACUUCCUAGCAAGAUUUAUCCUUAUGAAACACUUAUUGUAACAAACCGAGUUCGUGUGAAAUUGCCUAAGGAUGUGGACAGGACCAGGCUGGAGAGGCAUUUGUCCCCUGAAGAGUUCCAGGAAGUCUUCAAAAUGAGUAUUGAGGAAUUUGAUCGUCUGGCACUUUGGAAGCGGAAUGACCUGAAGAAAAAGGCCCUGCUUUUCUAA